CACGAAACAUGAAGGUGGAAACAUGUGAACCUCUAUUUUCCACGUCAACUGAGGGGUUCAGUGUUCCAUAACUUGAGGCAUCUUGAGGCUCGGUUUGACCAGCGUAGAGUUUGAAGCACUCUUGCGGCCUCCGGCGCCCAUGGGGCAAGAGAUUAUCUUUCACGUGGGCGCUCUCGUCAUUGAAGCUGCUACUGUGUUAAGGUGUAGCUUCCUUUUGCUGGGCUAUUUGAGAUCGAGGGAAAAGAUGCUGAUCUCCCUGAACCUGCAGUGCGCAUGCCGCAAAAUCUGCAGCGCUUGGUGGAGGAAUGCAUGUGAGAUGGACCAGCCUUGCGAGGAGCUUGAUUUGUUGCGCUGCCGAAUGACUUGUCGAAUGUGGAAGGUGCUGUAUGCCGUUGCAAUGAUGCGCUUUAUCAGCGGGCAGAUUCUGGCCGCCUUGGGAUGGCGACGGCUCCUGCCUGAAUUCGACUUUUCCUUCCUUUUCCUGGCGCUGGUGGGCUUCCUCCUGAGCUGCAAGCCCGACCUCGUGACGCCGAAAUCCCUCGAUGCAUGGUAUGUGGUCACCUCGUUGAUUUGGAACGUGACCCUCCUCCCGGCCACGCAUUUCGACGUGCGCGACGUGAUCUCCUUCAGCAUCGCCGUGCGCAUCGUGUUCGCCGUUCUCACCAAACGAACCUGGUGCUUCAUCUUCUGCACGGUGCUGGCCUUUGCACAGUUCGCACGCAUGGCGAGUUUGCAGCAGUCCUCCUCCAUGUUCUCGGUGGGCUAUGGUUUUGCAUUCACCUUUGCGGGAGUGGCCGCGGCCCGGAGGUUGUUGGAGGAGAAUGCCACUUUGAAGCUGGAUUUGCAAGGUCGACAAGUGGAGCUUGGAGCUGUCAAGUCCUUGCUGACUGUGUGCUAUGAUGCGGUGGUCGAGGUCGAUGAGACCUUACAGCUUACAGACGAUUCACGACAGCUCUCGACCAUGUUAUUGCACAGUGCACCCAUUGAUGGGAAGGGCUUAGCUGGAAGGUGUUUGCUGGACCUCUUUCCAGAAGAAGACCAGGUACGCAUCUCUCAGCAAUUUCAAUCUUCUGUUGCUUCUGACACCACGUCCGUCAUGGCCCUAUGUGCCGACAUGCUGGAUUCAGAUCAAAAUCAUGUGAAGGUGGAGCUCUUCCAUGCUCAAUUCCGAACUUUGACUCACAAGAGAUGCUUUCUGGUGGGCGUGCGUGAGAUCCAAGUUGCAGAGCCUCAUCUCGGAGGAAGUGCUGCGGUCUCUCCCACUUUGUCCAGCUCUCCCCAUGCCUCUGAUCUCACCGUGACCUUUGAAGUACCCAGCUUCGAUAUUUUGCUUCUAAGCGAAGAAAUGGAACGUUUUUGCUCACUUCACCUGGGACGGCUGCCAGAGAAUAUUUUGGAGAUUUCCAGUGAGUCUACACGCCCUCUAUUUUGCGAUGUUUUGCAGGUUCUUGUGAAGAGCUACUUGCAAAGGCCACCUGACGAGCGAUUGAAAGGGGAGUCCUUUACCUUCAGCCUUAUUGGUUCUGGUGAUGUGGCGGCCUCCUUCUAUGCGGAGCACGACAUGCUGUUGAAUACGAUGGUGGGCGUCUUGCGCAUCCAGGAGCUCACCUUGCAAAGCUUGACCGAGGUGGCCAACGGCCUCGCCUCGCCCGCGGUGUCGCUGCGGCGCCUCUCGAGCCAAAGCGAGUCGCGCGAGAGCCGACGGAGAGAGAGAACGUCACGUGCCAAACAGAGCGAGGAGAGCGGUCCGAAGCCAUCGGAGAGCGGGAUGAUUCGCACACUUCACCACAUGGCAUUGUGAGUGCCAUGGACAUUUGCAAAGCGCAUUGGAAGUGUUUGGUUCGAAAGAAAUCAGCAGGUGUCCUGCCAGUGUUGGGCGAGCCCAUCUUGCUUAGUUGAAUGGAUUUCCGAGGGCAUGGCACAGAGCAAGGCUGCUCGGUAACGAGGUGUGAACAAUAUCACCAGAUUGAACGUUGGAAGUCCCAAAACGCACGGCUUGGGGCCGCAGGUGCCUGACUUUGCAACAUCAUGUAGAAAGAACGGGCUUAUAAAUGGC